AUGGUGAAAUUUAGGAAGAGCAUAUCGCUGUCUGAUUUAUGGGUUUCAUAUAACGAUAGAUUGAGUGAUUUCUACUUAACGUCAUGGCAACGAGGAGAUUCGCCUUUGCCGAUGUUAUUGGUGCGACUAUUCUUGAGCUUAAUAGCUCUCAGCAUCUUCACAUGGUCUUUGUGGAGUGGAGCCAGCCCAUACUGGCUGAUAUUUCUCACAAACUGGGGCCUUUUACUUGUCACUUUAUUAACCCUAAGUGGCUUAAUGGUAUCAUGUUGUGCUCUUUUCAAAAAACUUCCAGAUGGCAGUAAUUUACCAUGGUAUGUAAGUAUGUACUGGGUGUUUUACAACAUGACCAUCACGGUGGCCAUCACUAUCACUUGUCUUUACUGGAUUUUACUUUAUACCCCAGAAGUCAAAGAACAACAGAGUCCAGAACAAUUCUGGCUGGAUUUAAGUACACAUGGAUUUAACUCUUGCGUGGCAUUUAUCGAAGUAAUUCUUUCAAGAAGUCCACAUCAUUUCUUGCACAUUUAUCAGCCACUUGGCGUUGGACUGUGGUACGUUGCCUUCACUGGAAUCUACUAUGCAGCCGGUGGCACUGACAGCUUGGGCAACCCUUACAUCUACGCGGUACUAGACUGGCGGCAACCUGACCAGGCGGGCGUCAUAGUCACUGCGGCUGCAGUAGGCCUUCUUGUGCUUUACACAGUGCUAUGGGGACUUAGUUUAUGCAGAGACAAAUUAUCAAUUGCUCUCAUACGUACUACGAGCCUCAGUCUACCACUAACGCCGCCUGACCGGCACUCUACCGGGAUUGUA